AUGUCCAAGAACCCUACCGCCCUCUACCUCGGUAUCGCCGCCCUCGGCGCCGGAGGGUACUAUAUGUAUCGCGCCGGAGGUGAUCCCAAGGCUGCGAAGGAGGAGAUGAGGCACGACGCCACCCGCGCGCGCCUCAAUGCCCCGACAGGCGAUCAAGCCGAGAAGGCAGGUGAAAAGGCGGCCUUUGAGACGAGGUUGAAUGUUGAUGAGGCGAUCGACACAUCCCGCCACGAAGCAAAAAACAACCUCAACCGAUUGGAAAAGAUCACUCGCGACACAACAGCCGAGUUGAAAUCCGGGGCGGAGAAAAUCGAGGGAAAAGUGGAGGAGAAGGCGGCCGAGGCGAAGGGGUCGAUUUCGGGGUGGUGGGGGAAGAAAUAA